AUGGAAGUUAAUCCAUUAAACAUAUUUUUUGUGAAAUCUGACAGCAAGGGCGAUAGGCUUUUGUUUAGAUAUCCAUAUACGAUAGAACAUAAAGGUGAGAAUAAACAGAAGAGAUGUGGCAGGCACAACCCUUACGCAAUUACUUCAACAGAGGAUUUACUCCAGAAUUCACAAUCUCAAACGUCGAAUAUUUGCAAAGGUCAACUAAGUGGUUUUACUGAUGAAAUGCUUUCAACACUGUUUGCUGUAAAAGCAGAAUUAUGUAACAAGAAAUUUGAAUUAAAAGUCAAUGAUGUGAGGUUUGUUGGUCAUCCAACAUUGCUGCCCUACAGAGCAAAUAAAGAUGAUACUGCUGCUAUGAUUCUCAUAAAUAUAGUUUUUGCUUUACAAGCCUCUGCCAGUCAUUCUAUAGUAAAAUGUUACUAUGAUUUGAGUAAAAGGCUGGGUAAAGCACUGAGACAUGAAGAAAAAAGGUGUUCAUAUUUAACAGAAGAAAUGAAAAUUAUGCUAGCUGCUCAUGAUGAAGUGAAUGAGAGGAACGACAGUGAAAUUAAUGGUGAUAAUGAAGAAGAGGAAGAGAAUCUCCGACAUUCUGUUAGUUCUACAACAUAUAGUGUAGAUAAUGGCCUUGAGGGAGGCCCAAUGUCUGCCUACCACUUAAUAUUACAAAGGAGUUCCUUAGCUAGGUCCAUGAAGUCUGUCUUUGAGGAACUAAGUAGCACAGGCAUAGUUCAAGUACGUGUAAAUAAAUGGGUACUUCUAUCCUUCUGUUUGCCGCACAAAGCCCAUCAAAUUCACAACAGAGGAUUAAUAAUAGAACCGGAAACAAUAGACAAAUGUUUGCAAAAACUGAGGCCAUACCACGGCAUGCUACUACUUGUGAAUCCAAAUGAUUUGUUGGCGUCGAUACCACUGGAUGGCAGCUCUGCAUUACUGCGACUUAUUAAACUAUAUAGCCCUCUAAAAAGUCUUCAAACACUGGCCAUAGAAGCGGAUCUGACAUUCAAACAGGUCUCUCAACUAACUGGACAUUUAGUGUAUUGGGCUAAAGCGACGGUGAUCUAUCCAUUGUGCGAAGGGAAUGUAUACGUUGUGGCUCCCGGCGCGAAUAUUCACAUACAUUCACCUCUUGUCGAUGAAUUCGCCAAGGAGUUUCCUGGGUUGUGUUUAUUACAAAUGCUAAGUGAGUUCUCUCUGCCGGCUCCGCUGUGGUACAUAUCGCGGAGCGCGGGCGGCGGGUGCGGGGGCUCGGCGCGGCUGGCCCGCUGCGUGGCGUGGCUGUUGCAACGCAGACUCUUGCUGCAGCUCCAUACGUACGUGCAGUUCAAUUCGCCGCAUUGGGGACGUGAUGCAGACGGUAAAGAGUAUUACUGCGAAAAGCACGACAUAUACAACAGAUCGUGCAGCGUGUCGUUCUCCUCGCUGAACCAAAUGCAACUCAACGUACCUGAGCCCGUCGAGCCCAGGGACAACACGAUAUUCCCCGAUUCGGACGAAGACUACCCCACCGAAAACAAUCUCAAUCAAACGGAUUUCUCUCACACCAGACCAAUAAUAAUCGAUUCGGAUCGAAAGAAACACGAGAAAUUUCACGAAAAUGAUUCGGCGAAUCAUUCGUUCGACGACGGCAUCGACGUUGUCGACGGAAUCAAGACGAACGGUUGCGAUUACGAUAAUCAAAUUGAAAAACAAAAGAAACACGGCAACUCUGUGGACAGCGGCAUCUCUAACAACAUAAACGGCACGGCCGGUAAUAGUAUAGAGGCGAACGGCAACGACGCUAGUCACGCUGAACUCUCCAAUGGCGAAACCGUCACUUCGGAUGAUAAAUCGAAAGGCCUACCUUCGAGGCUGUCGGAUUUGUCGCUCAAGGACAACGACAACGCCGCCAACAACACGAGCAGCGACGAGGACCGGUUCGAGAGCGACCAGGACGUCUCGCCGCGCACCAAAACGAACGGCUUGACGAACGGAUCGGAAAAGAAGAACGGGGUUUCUUUAAAUUUGAAACUGCAAAGCGAAAUGAGUUUCCAGCCGCCGACGGUGUGGGGCGGGUCGGCCAGCUGUGACGUCACCGACGCGUGCCGAGCGCCCGCCGAGCCGGAGUCCACCGAGUCCCUACUGCACACGUUCACGGCAGAGGAGCGAACCGUAUUGUCCCACAUUCCCGCCUCGAACAACACUGACGACUUACUGCUGCUAGCCCAGCUACAUAAGAAAGGCUAUUUCCGCGGCGAGCAGCAUUUAGAAGAGAUCAUGUUUAUGGAGAACGUCAGUCGUUCACAGCUAAUGCAGCUUCUAGACAAAUUCAAAGAUGUACUCAUCACCUUUGAAACAGAAGAUCCCGCUGUGGCUAUGCUCUAUCCAUAUCAAUAGGCGUACGCCGAAGCAAGCAAAGUGAUUGUAUUCUAAAGCCUUUGAGCAUAAUUGCGAAAAUGUAAAUUUUUAUUUGUAAUCGUAUAGCUCAAUAUGAUAAAAUGACAAGUCGAAAACAUUGAGCUGCCAGUCUCUACUUCACGGUCAUACGUUAUCUUCAGUCUUGUAAUCAAUGACGUAUACAAUAUAUAAUUAGACCUUACAUAUUGCCCUCUGUAGAUGAUGCCAGUGCAUGUGGGAAUAUAAA